AUGUCGUGCGCCGAGCUGCGCACCAAGGCCGCCGAAGAGGCCGCUCCGAUGCUGCUGCUGCUGCUGCUGCUGCUGGACUGCCUUGUGGUCCUGACGGCGCUGCUGCUGCUGCUGCUGGUGCUGACGAUGAGCCUGCGACAAGUCUUCUUCACGGCAGCGUCGUCUGCACCCGAAACACCCGCCUCGGCCAGCAGCGGGAGCGAGACCCCUGCCCUUGCGCCGCUGGGUGACGCCGCGUCUUCUCCUUCUGCUGUUGCUGCCGUCUCGGCGGCAGGAGUCGCCGCAGUCCACUCUGCGAGCAUCCUGCUGGAAGGCUUCCCGUUGAAGCGCGCUCGCAACCCGGCCUUGUCGACCGUCGUCCCGUCGUCCGCAGCAAGUACGAUGGGCGAGCUCUUGGAUAACUACUUUGAGAUUGAAAUUUCGCAUCUCGAGGCGCAAUGGGCGCUCUUUAUUGGCGUUCGCGAAGGCCCGCCGCCACUCGUCAACGAACGGUGCUGCGGCGUACCAGUCAUUGUUCCUUCAUACGCGGAGGACGAGGGGAAGGAGAAGGAGAAGGAGAAGGAGCAGCGCGUUCCAGAUGCCGAGUCUCGCGACAAUCCGAUUCCAGCAAUCUUGCCAAGUCCAUCAGCGUGCUUCCGGAUGGCUCCUGGAACACACGGCGUCUUGUCAUUCGACGGCUCGUAUAUUUCAACGGGUGCGCUCGAGAUUGCUGACAGCUCCGAAAUAGCCCUGCCACUGCUACAUUCUGGCAGCGUCCUCACCACUGCCGCCGCCGUUGUCACGUCCUCGGCCGCUUCGUCUGCUGCCGCGUCUGUCGACUCGCAACCGCCGUUUCCGCUGCCACCACAACACCAAGUGCAGUCUCCCGCGUUCUUGCCAUCCAACAAGCAACUCUCGCCCGAUUGUCCUCAGUUGCUUGCCUCGCCAUUGCAAGUCAUUGCUUCAGAUUACUGCGCGCGACCGCUAAGAUCCGGUGAUAUCGUGGGAUGUGGCGUCAGUCGCGAGUCGCAGCAGCUCUUCUUUUCGCUCAACGGCGAAGCGCUGGGGUGCGUUCGUAUCGCUGAAUCAGCCGCUACUGCCGCGUCGUCGUUGACAGCUUGGCUCUACCCGAUUCUGUCUGUCAUGCCGCAUUCCUCCGCCGCUGCCGCGGCAAGUGUUGCGCCGAGCACCAAUCACACUCUGGCUUGCCACGAUGGCGUUUCAGAGUCGGUGGUGUGCGCCGUCCGACUCGUCGCCGGCCCCCUGUUCUGCUAUCGUUGCGUGCCGAGCCAGUACAAGAUGGUGCGAGCGUCCCAGCGAUCAUUUACAGCCCUGCUACCACUGUCUUCCGACCCAACCGUCCUCUCUUCGACGUGGCUGCCCAGUUUUCUCAUGCGCUCCCUCACCCGGCAAUGCGAUCUGCACCCAGACACGCCAAAUCACCUCGUCACCGUCUCCAGCGCUACUGCGCCAGAUUUAUCGUCGCGUAGCCUUUGGCUCGGACUUGGUGCUGACAAGAUUGCCUCGCUUUUGAGCGACCUGCGACUGAAGGGCCCGCUGCCAGCCAUGCUUCACCCCGAGCGCCUGGCCGUUGCGCCAGCCGUCCUCCGUGGCAGCUCGUUCAUUAUGCCCUGGCGCAUCUACCGCGGGUUUGCCUACUUUGAGUGCACCCUCACUGACACGUUCAACACGAACGACCCAGACCUCCAGCUCGGCAUUGGUGUGACGUCCAACUCGUCCCGAUUUUCCGGUCUCACCAUCGCCUACUCGUCGCUCGGCACGCUUUUGACGCGCUCGGGGCUUGAAACUGGCCACGAAGAGACCGAACAGUCUCCCAGCCUGUCCUUCCGCCGUCCCCGUGCCGCGUCCCACGCCCCUCGCGUCGCUGCGGAAUCUCUGCUGCCCCGGGCAAGGAGCCCGCAAGACCCCCCAUUAGCAUCCUCGUCCACUCCCAUCCAGCCGUCAUCUGCUGCAAUGUCCGUCGACACUGCUGGCGCACCACCCACUUUCCCGCUCCAAAAGUCGCCAUCCCCCUCCGUCCUGCUUCCCGCCGGCACAUCGACGGGCUCGCUGUUUGCACCUGCCUCGACUGCAGCUGGCGGGUCUGCCUUCGCUGUUCGUCGUUUCUCCGAUGAGCAGUACACGAACGGCGAUACCAUUGGGUGCGGCAUGAGCUUUGAAGCAAAGGAAAUCUUCUUUACCAAGAAUGGCGCCUUGGUUGGAACGGUGCCGUGUCCUAAAAUCGACGGCGAGACCGCCGGCAUGUUGCGGCCUUGCGUCUUUUUCUUGCGGAGCAUUGAGUGCGCCUCUUCUGGUAGCCCGGCCGCAGCUGCUGGCGGGGACUCGUCGACGGCGAAUGCGACAGCGAACACGACAACACCAAACCCCCUCCCGACAACCCCCGGUCGCGACCCUGGCGCCACGCUCGCAGCGCUGUCCGUCUGCAUUUCGGUGACCCCACCGUAUCUCUUCCAUAUCGAGCGCCACUUGCAGCGCAACGACUUUGAUUCCUUCCUGCAUUCGGACGACGUUUCGCUCGAUCCCGAGCGGGUCAUUUUGAGCUAUCCUUGCGUGACUGCUGGCGACGUUGCGCUUGCCGCGACCGCGUUGUCAUGCCGCGCGUUGAUUGCGACGGCUGACGAGCCAUGGCAGGCACCACCCUUGUCGACAAGCUUGCCAACCAGUGCGCCGACGCCGGCAACGCGCACUCGCUCUUGGUCGGCAUCUACCCCAAACAGUGGACCGAGCUCGGUGACCACCACCACCACAUCCGCUGAAGGCGGAAGCCGGAAUCCCAGCUUCGGGCUGUCGGGCUCAAGCUCGCCCCAUCCCCUGCCCACCCCGUCUCGUUUUGCCUAUUUUGAAGUCACCAUCUUGGACUCGGCCAGAGGCGUCUCGUGCUCUGCACCCAUCUCGAUAGGGCUUGCGCUGCCAGAUCACCCUCUCGACUCGCUUCCCGGCACCACCCCGUACUCGUUUUCCUUCAACGCAGCUGACGGCAACCUCAUGUUCAAUGCGCCAUUCAGUCGGCCGCCCAGUCCCACUUCGCUUCGAACCGGUGCAACCUUUGAUGCCUUUGCCCUGCCAUCCGAAACAGACAACCCCAGUGAUCCAAUGCCAACCAAUGAGCAACACCUGGCCGUCGACAAAUUCUUCGGUCCGACGUGUUCGCAAGGAGAUAUUGUUGGCUGCGGCAUCGACCGCCAGGAUUCGUCCAUUUUCUUUACUCGAAACGGCAAGCUUUUGGGCAAAGCAUUCAGCCAGGUGGACUUUGAGCUGCUUUCGCAUCUCCGCGCAGCGGUCGGGUUUCACUCUCUCCAGUCGAAAAUUCGCAUCAACUUUGGCUCGCGGGGACUGCUCUUUGAUCCGUUGCAGCGUGGCGCCGAGCUGAGUGAGUGCACAGCCGACAUUUCCAUGGCGGGCAUCUCGUUCACCAAAAAGCUCCAGCUCUUCAAGCAGCUGGCCGCGAAUUCUUCGCUUGGAUUCUGGCUCGCACCCACGCUCUCGGCGCCUCUCGAUCGUGCCUCGCCAAAGCGCCAGUCCUCAGAAGCGGCAUUGAGGGCAACGAUUGGCAUCGCGCCCACAGCGCCUGCUGCUCCAGGUUCUGCCGCCGGAUCGCCGGCGUUGGGUGGCGGCAUCGGUGGUCCCACGCCUCCGGCUACCAUUCAACGUUCCGACGAUCCGUUCGCCAUCAGUCCUCCCGGCACCUUUGACUCGAGCAAACGCAAUGCACACACGCAAGUGGUUCACGGCGACGUUUCGUUGGUGCACUGCGUCGCUGGCACAGCCAUCUCGUCAACAGUACCUUCGUUUGCUCGCUCGGCCAGUUCGGACGAUCAUCCGAGCGCGCGCUCAUCGCAUGCUGCAGCCGUGUGGCGCGGCCAGCUGGUUGUCCACGGUGGGUAUCACUCCACUCGGCGAAGUCUUGACGAUACCUGGCUCCUGAACUUGGCCACCAAAACAUGGUCGCGCAUUCCAAUCUCCACCAGCUCACCGACAAGUCGCUACAGCCACUCGGCCGUCAUUCUCCAGGAUCGCUACUUUGUUAUUUUUGGCGGCAUGACCGACCAAGGCGUGAUUCUGACCGAUUUGCGCGUGCUGGACUUGGAGAAGCGGGAGUGGCUGUGGGUGGAGUCGGCUGGACCCGGUCCGUCUCCUCGAAUGGAGCACAUGGCUGUCGAGUACAAGAAUGCCAUGUACGUGUUUGGAGGCUCCAGCAUGCCCGACAAGAAGGAUCACUAUGCCAGCGGCAUGUUCCGUGCGACAUUCGCCAACUCUACCAUCACCUGGACUGAGCUGCCAGUGGAGCGCGUCCCGCAAGUUUGCAGUGCUUCGGCAUGCGUGUUUGGCCAGGCCAUCUGGGUGUUUGGUGGCGCAUCUGGCAAUCCCAUGACCGCGACGUCUACCAUGCAGAGCUUUUCGUUUGCUAGUCAGAUGUGGAGUACGCUGAACACCAAUGGAACCGUGCCUGAGCCCCGCAUGCGCCAUUCGGCGUGCUUGGUGACUGGACCGCAGAUUACCGCCUGGAGUCUGUAUCAGCAUUCGCUGUUGCUCGGCAAGCUCGGCAUAUCUGCGAGCGACACGAAUCAUUCAGCGCCUCCGACGCCAACCACAGGCGGGCCAGGCUUGUUUAGAAAGUUUUCGCUCAUUGAACCUGCUGCCCUCUUUACUGCUGGCAUGCUUGUUGUCGGCGGCCGAUCAACGCACAGCGACGUUCUGAGCGCCGCCAUUUUCGAGUUUGCAAACCGCUCGUGGCGCACCGUGCUGCUGUCUGAUGAGGCUGAUUUGACCAAGCCGCUCGUUGGUCAACCAGUGGCCACUGGCGCGACUGGUAAUGACAUUGGCGCCGUGGCCCUCUUCCCAACGCCACUUUCACUGUCCGUCGCUCCUCGAGCUAGACCUUUGUUGGCUCCCGACGCACCGGUUUCUGAGAUGCCUUCCUCUGUGUCGCUGACCGAUACCCAACCGUCGUCCACCAGUGCUCCUGUGAGCUGGUCGGACAAUCUAAGUGUACUUGAAAGCGCGCGCAGCACUGAGGCACCCGUGGGCGACGCGAGCGCGCUGCCCAGUAAGAGUGUGGCAUCUGCCGCGCUCGAUCGACGCUCUGCCUCCAUGUUCUGCAUCACUGGCGCGGGCGGCGUCGGGGGCGUUUUCGUCUGGGGCGGCGUCUCUGUGGCAUCCACCAGGGAUGUGUGGGACCCUGCAGAUCUGCUCAAGAUCAAGCUGUGGGACAGCGAUCAUGUCGAGACUCUCCGGCAAAGUGUCCUGUUCCCGAAAGCUGCGGAUGAAUCACCAGUUGCGCCCCCAACUGCAGACACUCUUGGCGACACAACUGCCGCUUGGAUUGAAGGCGCGGCUGUGGGUGUGUUGCAGUACGCCCCCAAUCAACUGCUUGCAAGCGUCGCCCCGCGGGUUCCGGACGAUAGUUCUGUCAUUUCUGGGAGCCCUCCCGUCAGUGAUCUGGUCGUAGGCAACAACGUCGGUCGACCCGUCAUCGGAAUGCCUGCGCCCUUGGAGCCGGCAUUUGGCACAUCGGCCAUGCAGUCGGCUCCACGCUUGUCCACGCCAGGUGCCCAAGUUGGCGAGGCCAGUUUAGUGCCAAGCCCAAGCCUCGUCCUCCAAAACCUCGUUUCGCCUGCACUGAGCUCUGCCAGCUCGGGGCCCCCGGGUCUCCCACAACGGCAACUGCUGAUUCUGCUCGAGUUCAAAGAAUCGAAAGAACCGCCACACCGGUACAACAUUACUUGUGGCUCGCUUGAGGAUCUGCUGAAUGAGCUGUCCCAACGACUGCAGCGCACCGUGCUUCCAGAGCACCUGUCCGUUCACGAUCCCGAUUUCGACAUGUACGUCCGCUUGACGGACUUUACUGCCAUUCCCACGAAGGCCCGAAUGCAAGUGCAGGGCAGCGCCCCUAGUCCUCUUGCGCUCGCCCAGUCUCCCGGCUCUGUUUUGUCUGGUUUGCUGUCGCCCGACUUGGCAACUGCGGCAGAGCCCGCUCAUGCUGGCACCGCGCGUGAUGUCGACGUGCCAGCGCCGAGUGCGUGUCCGCUUGCAAAGACGUUCCGCUGGUCCAGGGGCGAGCUGCUCGGUAAAGGCGCCGUCGGCCGCGUCUACAAGGGCAUCAACGAAGAAACGGGCCAGUUUAUUGCGGUCAAGGAGGUGGCAAUGGCUCCCGGCGAGGCGAGCAAGGUGCUUGAGGCGCUUGAGAACGAAAUCCGGCUCCUCAGCCAGCUCCAGCAUCCCCAUGUUGUCCAGUAUUUUGGCGUCGAAACCACCAAUGACUGCACGGCCAAUAUUUUCAUGGAGUUUUGUCCAGGCGGCUCCAUUGCAACCAUUUUGCGAUCGUUCGGACCCCUUCCGGAGACUCUGAUUGCGCUCUAUACCAAGCAAAUUCUGUUCGGCCUAGAGUACCUGCAUUCCAAGAAUGUGAUUCAUCGUGACAUCAAAGGCGCGAACCUGCUGGUCGAUGCGAAUGGGCGCAUCAAGCUGGCCGAUUUCGGAACGGCGCGCAAGUUUGAAGAGCUGGGCACCGUGUCCAAGUUUUCGUUUGUGGGCACACCCUUUUGGAUGGCACCCGAGGUCAUUCAAAAUCGGCCACAGACCUCCAAGGUCGACAUUUUCUCUGUCGGAUGCACCAUUUACGAGAUGGCGACCAGUCACCCGCCAUUCUCCACGCUCGAAACAACCCAGGCCAUCUUCCGAAUUGGCACGCUCAAACGCAUGAUUCCCAUCCCCGCUGAAGUGGUCCUGUCCGCCACAGCUGUCGAUUUCUACGACUCUUGCACGCAAAUCAACCCCGAAGAGCGUCAAUCGGCAUCGGUGUUGUUGCACCAUCCGUUUUUGAAAGAUGUUGCUGCUUUGUAA